UCAUGUAGAUUAAAUUGUUCUAUCUAAUCAACUCAAUUCUCAAGUUAAUUUUAAUUCUCAUUAGCUAAUCACCAACAUUCUUAUUCAAUUCUUUAACAUUCUUUAUCUCUCUCCGAGUUUAUCUGUUGCAAUUUUGUUUCUCUUCUGUUUUUAGUCAACAUCAUUUUCUCAGUAAACAUUGGAACUGUUUCCUUUUACUUUGUUUCCAUCCGGCUCUGAGAUGAUCCGCCUUAACCAUUACUAACUACUACUAAUUACUUAAUCGAGAUCCUCAUGUUUCAUCAUUCUUUUCAAGUGUCAACUCCUAUAAUUCUGUGGAAUUCAUUUCGUCUUGAUUAAUGAUUUUGAUUCCUUCCAUUACAAUUCAUUUUCCAUGUUAUGGUUUUUUUCCAUUCAAUAGUUGCCUUUCUCUCUCUCUAAUCGUCUGUUGUUGUUUCUGUUUGUUUAUUUGUUUUCUUCUAAAUUAAGGUCACUCUCCGUGUUUAGAUUUUCUUUUGAUUUUUCGUUUAUUUUUCGUAAGAACUGUUUAAUGCUGGUUCUGAUUUUUGGAUAGUUAACCUUCAAAGGAUUUCAAAUAAAAUGUCAGACUUACCUUGUGAAAAGAUUGGAAAGAAGCUUGAAAAGAUGGUCACUUCUCUAACACCAAAGGUUAGGCGAAGUCUUCUCAAGACUUUACUUGAAAGCCUUGAAGGUGAUGAUGUUGAUUUCGCUACUGAUUUGCUUAAAAUAACCACCAGAAAUGCUAAUAAACGUAAACCCAUUUCUCAACCUCAACUCAAACAUUUGGAAUCGCCUAAUGACUCAGAGUCUUCUGAUUCUAAUUGUAGUCAUUCAAGAGUAGGAAAGGUUAAAAAAUCAAUCACCGCUCAUCAAGAUGUCAAUUGUUCAUCUUUAACAGUCAAUGGAUCAACACACUACCCAAUGGAUCCUCCAUCUUCGCCCAUUGUCACUCGAACCAGGAAUAGACAAAGACUGUUCCAAGAUGCUUCCAAUGCUUUAGAGAAUAUUCCAAAAGAAACAGCUGUUCCGAAAAAAAGCCAAAUCGAAAUGGUUGAAGAAAAUUCUUCUAGUGAAGAAUCAGAAAGUAAUGAUUUCUCUGUGCCGAUUGUUCAAAGAACUCAUUCCAUUGGUGGUUUUAUUUUAAAUGAAAGCUUUGGUGACGAUAGUACCGAAGACGAAUUAGAAUUACAACGAAAUUCUCUUGGUAAUAAAAGAAUUAUCAUAAGUUCUUCAAAGAAGAGCAACGAAAGUUCUCCAUCAAGUGCAAGUGCUCUUUCUCCGCCUAUUUCUACAAAUCGAAUUAAAUUUAGUCGUUCAAGAAUUAAUGAAUUACUCGAAUCAAGUUCAUCAGAUGAAGAAGUGCAACAACAACAACAAUUAAAAUCACCAUCACCACCACCACAAUCUAAACCUAAAUCCAAAUCGAAAUCAGUGAAAACCAAAGAAUCUAAAGAUUGUAACAAAAUGGCAUCCAAUUCGAAAGCAGCUAUUAUAACUUUAGACGGUGAAGCGAAUGACGAUUCAGAGAAAAGCUGUGAUAACAUCUCAAUGGAUGCUACAAAUGAUAUGGAAGAUACAAUUAAUUCUGAUGCAUCAUCAAAAUCCGCUAAUCUAUCGGUAGCUUUCCCAGAAAAAGAUUCGGAGAUGGAACAAGAAGAAGAAGAAGAAAACGAAAAAAAAAGAAAAGAAAACGAAAACGAAAACGAGAACGAGAACGAGAACCCAAAUGAAAACAAAAAUGAAGAUGGGGAAGAAGAUGGAGAUAAAGACGAAGAAGAAGACGAAGAAGCUGAUAAAGAAACAGAAAAAGAGGAAGAUGAAAAAGAUGGAAAAGAAGAUGAAGAGAAAAUGUAGAACCAGACCAUCGAA